CCGCCACCGCUGCCCAUGGCCGCCGCCACCGUCGCCCGCCGCGGCCUGGCCGCGCUGCUGCUGCUGGGCCGCCGCGCGCCGCCGUCGCCCUGGCUGCGCCCGCCGCCGCCGCCGCGCCGCCUCCUCGCCGCCGCCCUCGGGCCGCGCCCGCCCGCCGCCCGCAGCUGCAGCCAGGUCGCCGGCGCCCCCCCUCAGGAUGGUCACCUGGCAGAGCAGGAGCCGCUGCCCCCGAAGGCAGAGAACGAAGAGUCGGUCUUCCUCAUCAGGGCGCAGGGCUUCCCCUUCUCCUGCACCGAGGAAGACGUGCUGACCUUCUUCGAUAGCUGUAGAAUUCGAAACGGUGAGAACGGCAUACACUUCCUCUUAAACAGGGAUGGGAGACGGAGGGGAGAUGCCUUGAUUGAGCUGGAAUCAAAAGCAGAUGUCCAGAGAGCCUUGGAAAAGCACUUGAGAUACAUGGGCCCACGCUAUGUGAAAGUGUUUGAAGUACAUGAUAAAGAUGCAGAAGGCUUGUUGCAGAGUCUGCAGAAUGAGUCACAGGCCAUUAACGAUGGGGUUGUACUACUCAGAGGCCUUCCGUUCAGCUCCACUGAAGAUGAUAUUUCAGAUUUCUUUGCAGGUUUGAGCAUAACUGACAUAGCUUUCGUUAACCGGGGAGACAGAAGAACAGGAGAAGCUUACGUGCAGUUUGCAGCUCCAGAAAUGGCAGCUAAAGCCCUAUUAAGGCACAGGGAAUACAUUGGGAAUAGAUACAUAGAAGUAUAUAUAAGUAGAAAGCAUCAAAUGCAAAAGCACAUGAUGCCCCACAAACAGCUGUCAACUUACCCGAGAGCGGGUAAAGAACAUGACUCGGUGUUUGAAGGAGGAGGAUUGAGUGACGCGGGAGGCUCCAGUGCCAAAAGAGAGAACAAACUGUACAGAGAUGUAACAGAAAGGUCUGGGCACGUUUCGGAACCUGGGAAUGCCUCGUUGUCGCAGCAUUUUGUCCACGUGAGGGGUUUUCCUACCCAGGCUAGCGCCCAAGAUAUAAUAAAUUUUUUCGCUCCCCUGAAGCCCACGAGGGUCAUGGUAGAAUACAACUCCCAUGGAGAAGCCACAGGAGAAGCAGACGUACAUUUUGAGAGCCACGAGGAGGCAGUUGCUGCAAUGGCCAAGGAGGUGUCACAUGCACAGUGCAGCUCCAUUGAGUUGUUCCUGAAAGAACAUGCAAAGGUCAAACAAGAUUGCUAGUGACAGUGGGACAGCAGCAGAUUUGGGCCUGUGUACCUCUCAGGUUUACGUGGAAAAAAACCACAGGCUAUAUUGCAGCUGAGUGAGGGAUGCUGCUCCCGAGCCAAGGCAGGCACAGUGCAGCAGGAAAGUUCGCACUGCUGUUAAGUCUGGGUGACUUACCAGGCAGCUGUCCCUACUGCAAACAGGAGAUGGCCCUUCCUGGUGUCACGGAAUGGUUUCCUAAAGCUAAGGCUGUGACACCCCACAUACACAGUGGGAAUAAGGUCUCUCGUGACGUUUAUCCAAGUCUCUGGCCAACUUCUAAAGCUU